AUGCUGGCGUUCGUUCUUUGUGGAUUAACAUACGUGUUUGUUACAGCAGACAUACAAGAAACAAAUCAGGUGAAAGAUGCUGAGAGCGUCUACGUUGAUAGUGCACAGACGACGAAUACACGAGUAACCGAGGGCCAAACCCAUGCCGCGGAAGAGGAGAGGCAAUUGGAGGCUACCAAGUUCGAAACGAAUCUAUCGUUAACAGAUUCUCCAAGCGACAACGAAGCUGACCAUGUGCAAACCCAUGACAUCCCUCCAACACCUCCCGCAAAAGACCAAACCCAAGAGGCCGCGAAAGAGGAGUGGCGGGACGCUAUCGAAAUGAAUCUAGUUGAUGCUCCAAGCCACAAAGAAGCUGACCAUGUCUCUGACACUAUGCAAACCCUAGACGUCCCUCCACCACUGCCUGCAAAAUACCAGUUUCAGGAAGAGUUGGUGAUCACACCAUUGCAUUCUGGGGAUACUUACGCCAGUUUCCAGUUCCGUACCCUGUGGGAUACAAUCUUCUUGCGAGGAAGUAAAGAGUUUGAUUUGAAAUAAUAUUUGGGUCAAUCACAUUAUGUUCUAGUCAUCUAUCUAGUAGCCACACAGGGACACUAGUCAUCAGUGCAUCUUCAGUCAAGAUCCUGUAGUGUAGACCCACAGUGCGGGUUUUGUUCCAGCCCAGCACUGUGGUUCACGUUUGAUUCAACUAACCAAUCCAGGGCUUGAUGAGUUGAAUAGUUGAACAAGGUGUUGUUAGCCUUACAAGCCAGAAUGUUGAAUAAAAUUACAUUUAAACUUACUCUACCGGUUGUCUGCGGCUUGACCUUAAGCUGCUCGAAUUUUGAGACAAAAUGUCCACAGGAAAGUAUUCUUUACCUGUUUAGUUUUAUAUUGGAUAUUGGGUUUUUCCCUCGUCAAUAGCGAUUGAACCAAGCAUGAAAAUUGUAUAUUCUGAAUCAGGGAGGAUGGAGAACGAUCAACACUUUUUUGUGCAUUUUUUAUUUUUGAAAUGUUUUUAUCCGAUUUCAAUUUUCACAAAAAUAUUUUAAAAAAUGUGUGGAUUGUUCUCCGUCCUCCCCUGAUUCAGAAUAUAACAAUACUUUCCUGUGGAUAUUUUGUAUGAAUUUUCAAGCAGCUGAAGGACAAAUAGCACAGACAACCGGUCGAGUAAGUUUUAAAUGUAAUUUUAUUAAACAUUCUGGCUUGUAAGGAAUAUUUACACGAUUUUGCAGGCAUUAGUUCCAUGGAAUGAGCAUCCAAUAUAGGCUACUAUCCGCAACCCAGUCUUAUGCUGAAGGAAAUUGCUCAAAUAAUCAUAAUACAUACACUAUAUAUAAAAACGUAUGUGAACACUCCUUCAAAUUAGUGGACAGGUGUAUAAAAUCGAGCACACAGCCAUGCAAUCUCCAUAGCCAAACAUCGGCAGUAGAAUGGCCUUACUGAAGAGCUCAGUGACUUUCAACGUGGCAUUGUCAUAGGAUGCCACCUUUCCAACAAGUCAGUUCGUCAAAUUUCUGCGCUGCUAGAGCUGCCCUGGUCAACUGUAAGUGCUGUUAUUGUGAAGUGGAAACGUCUAAUAGUCGGGAACAAUCAACACUUUUGUGUGAGUUUUUCAAUUUUCAAAAAAUAUAUAAAUAAGUGUGGAUUGUUUUCCGUCCUCCCCAGAUUCAGAAUAUACCAUUUUCAUUGUCAUGGCAUAUUUGUUUCAAUAGCUAUUAACGAGAGAACCUAACUAAAAAGUUGGGUAAACAAUACUUUCAUGUGGAUAUUUUGUAUCAAUUUUUGAGCAGCUGAAGGAGAAAUAGCACAGACAACCAGUAGAGUAAGUUUUACAUGUAACUUUAUUAAACAUUCUGUCUUGUAAGGAAUAUUUACACGAUUUUGCAGGCAUUAGUUCCAGGCUGUAUAUACCAAUUAAUUGUCUAUUGCAACCUGAUUAAUCAGACUAACUUGCUGUGCAUUCACUGUCAUCCGUACAUAGGCCCCAUGCCUAAUUUGUAUGACAGUUAUGUCCAAGUCAACAUACUAGUGUUAUAUGCAACUCACUGUUUUCCCACAAAAUGUAUAUUUUCAGUCUCCCACUACCGACUCUUCCCGACAUCUCUGGGCCAGGUGAUUUCGAAGUUUUCUGUGCGUGAGCUCCACAUCUCCUUCACUCAGGGCUACAGGAGGACCAUGCAGUGGGGCCAGACCUUCCUACCGUCGCCCCCUGGUGCCGAACUGUGGGUAUGGUUUCAGGACACUGUCACGGAGUGAGUAUAUACUCUAUAUUUAUCCACACAGGUUCACUUUCCUUACUGUUGAAGAUAGCAGCUUUAUAUCUGUCAUCAUGGUUAGUAGACGUAUAUAUCGAUACAUAUGUGUGAUGCUAGUCUCACCCAUUUUGUAAACUAUGACAGCCUGCACGAGGGACCAGUAUGAAAAUGUAUGCACUCACUGACUGUAAGUCGCUCUGGAUAAGAGCGUCUGCUAAAUGACUUAAAUGUAAUACACCACUAUCAUUUGGCCCAUUGAUUCUUUGACCAAGAACGUGUCACAACAUUUGACAGGCAUGUCUUUCUCAUUACUGGUGGCAGAUACUGGCCAUUUUACCCACCACCAUUUCUCCCAAACUAUGUCAGCAUUGAAAUUCUAUUGAAGUGAAUGAUAACCCAUCGUUUCGUCCUUUGUCUUGUAGUGUGGAUGUUACCUGGAAGGAGCUGACCAACGUCCUCUCUGGGAUCUUCUGUGCCUCGCUGAAUUUCAUUGACUCCACCAACACGGUGCAGCCCAGUGCCUCCUUCAAGCCUCUAGGCGUGGGCAACGGUAAGGCUCCUCACACUCAGCACCCAAGUCUCUACAGUAGCUAGCCUACCUCUGAACAGAGAGCAGGCUCGUGUUCAUAAGGGAUCAAAUGGAAGAAAACGAUCUGAAACAGCAUGAAACGGGGAGGUACCAUCUGUAAUUGAGUGGCGCAGUGGUGUAAGGCACUGCAUCGCAGUGCUAACUGUGCCACUAGAGAUCCUGGUUCGAAUCCAGGCUCUGUCGCAGCCGGCCGCGACCGGGAGACUCAUGGGCGGCGCACAAUUGGCCCAGCGUCGUCCAGGGUAGGGGAGGGAAUGGCCGGGAGGGAUGUAGCUCAGUUGAUAGAGCAUGGCGUUUGCAACGCCAGGGUUGUGGGUUCAAUUCCCACGGGGGGCCAGUAUAAAACAAUUAUAUAUAUGUAUUCACUAACUGUAAGUCGCUCUGGAUAAGAGCGUCUGCUAAAUGACUAAAAUGUAAAUGUAAAUGUAAUUGUCCGAUCAGAAACACUUUUCUACGGUGUGCCCUAUGAACAAGGCCACGUGCCAACCAAUGCUUUGCAUAUGCACUCAAAGGAAUCAUGACGCAGUUACGGAAUUAGAUAGUACAGUAUUAUUAAAGAUGUGAAACAAUACCGUAUUGAUGUGUGUCCUGUAUACGUCCUCUGCUAUACAGUAACUGACCAGCGCUUUCUCCGCUAUGCUGUGUUGCCGCGGGAGGUCGUUUGUACUGAGAAUCUGACGCCGUGGAAGAAGGCUGGUCUGGCAGUCCUAAUGAAGUCUGAGAAACUCUUCCACAGCAGCUUCCACUCCCAGGCUACACAUCAGACCUGUGUCAGGUAAGGUGUAUGUAUAUACAGUCUGUAGCUAUAUGUAUUACAACACUAUGGGCGACAUUUUCAUAGUGCAAAAGAAUUGGGCAAAUUGCAAAAAUUACUGUAAUCCUCAUUAUCUGGCAUUAUUACAACUACCUUUUAUCAUGUUGUCAGCCAUAUCAAAGAAAAAGAACCAGACAUUUUUGUUGUUGACUUUUUAAAGUAAUGAUGUAGAAAAUACCAAGCCACUGAUUUCACCUUCCAUCCUACUUGUAAUCCCGUUUGAGAACCUGUCACUGUUGAUGAGUCCCAGCCUUGACAUGACACUCGGCUACUGUUGUUUCAGGACUGGCAGUGCAAGUCCACAGCGUGGGAGCUGAGACAGACACUGAACGUGGUGUUCGACCUGCACUCCUCUGGCCAGAGCAAACGAGGUGAGAGAGGCCUCUCCUCAUUCAGUAUUAUACCCCUUUCGCAAUACUGAGCUGAGCCGAGCUGUUCCUCGCUGGACUGGUUACGCAUCGACCAUAUAUUUGCUGGAAACGUGGACAAUGUGAAAGGAAAAUAACUGUGCCAGUACAGUUUAGGUCGACUUGAUAGUGUGAAAAGGGUAUAACUAUACUGAACAAAAUUAUAAAUGCAACAUGUAAAGUGUUGCUUUCAUGAGCUGAAAUAAAAGAUCCCAGUAAUGUUCCAUAUGCAGAAAAAGCUUAUUUCUCUAAAAUGUUGUACACAAAUUGGUUUACAUUCCUGUUAGUGAGCAUGUUUCCUUGACACAAACCGGUUCUGGGGACAAUAAAAGGUCACUCUAAAAUGUGCCGUUUUGUCACAAAACACAAUGCCACAGAUGUCUGAAGUUUUGAGGGAGCGUGCAAUUGGCAUGCUGACUGUAGGAAUGUCCACCAGAGCUGUUGCCAGAUAAUUUAAUGUUCAUUUCUCUACCAUAAGCCACCUUCAAUGUUGUUUUAGAGAAUUUGGCAGUACGUCCAACCGGCCUUACAACUGCAGACCACAUGUAACCACACCAGCCCAGGACCUCCAUAUCUGGCUUCUUCACCUGCGGAAUCGUCUGAGACCAACCACCCUGACAGCUGUUGAAACUGGGUUUGCACAAGUGAAGGAUUUCUGCACAAACUGUCAGAAGCCAUCUCAGGGAAGCUCAUCUGCUUGCUCAUCGUCCUCACCAGGGUCUUGACCUGACUGCAGUUUGUCAUCGUAACUGACUUCAGUGGGCAAAUGCUCACCUUCGAUGGCCACUGGCACGCUGGAGAAGUGUGCUCUUUACGGAUGAAUCCCAGUUUCAACUACCGGGCAGAUAGCAGACAUUAGUAUGGCGUCAUGUGGGCGAGCGGUUUGCUGAUGUCAACGUUGUGAACAGAGUGCCCCAUGGUGGCGGUGGGGUUAUGGUAUGGGCAGGCAUAAGCUAUGGACAACGAACACAAUUGCAUUUUAUCAAUGGCAAUUUGAAUGCACAGAGAUACUGUGACGAGAUCCUGAGGCCCAUUGUCGUGCCAUUCAUCCGCUGCCAUCACCUCAUGUUUCAGCAUGAUAAUGCACAGCCCAAUGUCGCAAGGAUCUGUACACAAUUCCUGAAAGCUGAAAAUUCCCAGUUCUUCCAUGGCCUGCAUACUCACCAGACAUGUCACCCAUUGAGCAUGUUUGGGAUGCUCUGGAUCGACAUGUACGACAGUGUGUUCCAGUUCCCGUCAAUAUCCAGCAACUUUGCACAGCCAUUGAAGAGGAGUGGGACAACAUUCCACGGGCCACAAUCAACAGCCUGAUCAACUCUAUGCGAAGGAGAUGUCUGGCGCUGCAUGUGGCAAAUGGUGGUCACACCAGAUACUGACUGGUUUUCAGAUCCACGCCCCUACCUUUUAAAAAAAAAGGUAUCUGUGACCAACAGAUGCAUAUCUGUAUUCCCAGUCAUGUGAAAUCCAUAGAUUAGGGCCUAAUUAAUUUAUGUCUAUUGACUGAUUUCCUUACAUGAACUGUAAAAUCUUUGAAAUUGUUCCAUGUGGGUUUAUAUUUUUGUUCAGUUUAAUAUCACCUCACUAUUGCUAAAACAUGCUGUUAUUACCUAAAUGUACAGUCUCCUCUUGCGCUCUGACACUGCUUCAUAUACAGUGUGGAGAACAAGUAUUUGAUACACUGCCGAUUUUGCAGGUUUUCCUACUUACAAAGCAUGUAGAGGUCUGUAAUUUUUAUCCAGAAAAUCACAUUGUAUGAUUUUAAAGUAAUUAAUUGGCAUUUUAUUGCAUUACAUAAGUACACUGCUCAAAAAAAUAAAGGGAACACUAAAAUAACACAUCCUAGAUCUGAAUGAAUGAAAUAAUCUUAUUAAAUACUUUUUUCUUUACAUAGUUGAAUGUGCUGACAACAAAAUCACACAAAAAUAAUCAAUGGAAAUCAAAUGUAUCAACCCAUGGAGGUCUGGAUUUGGAGUCACCCUCAAAAUUAAAGUGGAAAAACCACACUACAGGCUGAUCCAACCUUUAUGUAAUGUCCUUAAAACAAGUCAAAAUGAGGCUCAGUAGUGUGUGUGGCCUCCACGUGCCUGUAUGACCUCCCUACAACGCCUGGGCAUGCUCCUGAUGAGGUGGCGGAUGGUCUCCUGAGGGAUCUCCUCCCAGACCUGGACUAAAGCAUCCGCCAACUCCUGGACAGUCUGUGGUGCAACGUGGCGUUGGUGGAUGGAGCGAGACAUGAUGUCCCAGAUGUGCUCAAUUGGAUUCAGGUCUGGGGAACGGGCGGGCCAGUCCAUAGCAUCAAUGCCUUCCUCUUGCAGGAACUGCUGACACACUCCAGCCACAUGAGGUCUAGCAUUGUCUUGCAUUAGGAGGAACCCAGGGCCAACCGCACCAGCAUAUGGUCUCACAAGGGGUCUGAGGAUCUCAUCUCGGUACCUAAUGGCAGUCAGGCUACCUCUGGCGAGCACAUGGAGGGCUGUGCGGCCCCCCAAAGAAAUGCCACCCCACACCAUGACUGACCCACUGCCAAACUGGUCAUGCUGGAGGAUGUUGCAGGCAGCAGAAUGUUCUCCACGGCGUCUCCAGACUCUGUCACGUGCUCAGUGUGAACCUGCUUUCAUCUGUGAAGAGCACAGGGCGCCAGUGGCGAAUUUGCCAAUCUUGGUGUUCUCUGGCAAAUGCCAAACGUCCUGCACGGUGUUGGGCUGUAAGCACAACCCCCACCUGUGGACGUCGGGCCCUCAUACCACCCUCAUGGAGUCUGUUUCUGACCAUUUGGCAACAUGCACAUUUGUGGCCUGCUGGAGGUCAUUUUGCAGGGCUCUGGCAGAUCUCCUCCUGCUCCUCCUUGCACAAAGGUGUAGGUAGCGGUCCUGCUGCUGGGUUGUUGCCCUCCUACGGCCUCCUCCACGCCUGUCUCCUGGUAGCACCUCCAUGCUCUGGACACUACGCUGACAGACACAGCAAACCUUCUUGCCACAGCUCGCAUUGAUGUGCCAUCCUGGAUUAGCUGCACUACCUGAGCCACUUGUGUGGGUUGUAGACUCCGUCUCAUGCUACCACUAGAGUGAAAGCACCGCCAGCAUUCAAAAGUGACCAAAACAUCAGCCAGGAAGCAUAGGAACUGAGAAGUGGUCUGUGGUCACCACCUGCAAAACCAGUCCUUUAUUGGGGGUGUCUUGCUAAUUGCCUAUAAUUUCCACCUGUUGUCUAUUCCAUUUGCACAACAGCAUGUGAAAUGUAUUGUCAAUCAGUGUUGCUUCCUAAGUGGACAGUUUGAUUUCACAGAAGUGUGAUUGACUUGGAGUUACAUUGUGUUGUUUAAGUGUUCCCUUUAUUUUUUUGAGCAGUGUAUUUGAUCACCUACUAACCAGUAAGAAUUCCGGCUCUCACAGACCUGUUAGUUUUUCUUUAAGAAGCCCUCCUGUUCUCCACUCAUUACCUGUAUUAACUGCACCUGUUUGAACUCGUUACCUGCAUAAAAGACACCUGUCCACACACUCAAUCAAACAGACUCUAACCUCUCCACAAUGGCCAAGACCAGAGAGCUGUGUAAGGACAUCAGGGAUAAAAUUGUAGACCUGCACAAGGCUGGGAUGGGCUACAGGACAAUAGGCAAGCAGCUUGGUGAGAAGGCAACAACUGUUGGCGCAAUUAUUAGAAAAUGGAAGAAGUUCAAGAUGACGGUCAAUCACCCUCGGUCUGGGGCUCCAUGCAAGAUCUCACCUCGUGGGGCAUCAAUGAUCAUGAGGAAGGUGAGGGAUCAGCCCAGAACUACACGGCAGGACCUGGUCAAUGACCUGAAGAGAGCUGGGACCACAGUCUCAAAGAAAACCAUUAGUAACACACUAUGCCGUCAUGGAUUAAAAUCCUGCAGCGCACGCAAGGUCCCCCUGCUCAAGCCAGCGCAUGUCCAGGCCCAUCUGAAGUUUGCCAAUGACCAUCUGGAUGAUCCAGAGGAGGAAUUGGAGGUCAUGUGGUCUGAUGAGACAAAAAUAGAGCUUUUUGGUCUAAACUCCACUCGCCGUGUUUGGAGGAAGAAGAAGGAUGAGUACAACCCCAAGAACACCAUCCCAACCGUGAAGCAUGGAGGUGGAAACAUCAUUCUUUGGGGAUCCUUUUCUGCAAAGGGGACAGGACGACUGCACCGUAUUGAGGGGAGGAUGGAUGGGGCCAUGUAUCGCGAGAUCUUGGCCAACAACCUCCUUCCCUCAGUAAGAGCAUUGAAGAUGAGUCGUGGCUGGGUCUUCCAGCAUGACAACGACCCGAAACACACAGCCAGGGCAACUAAGGAGUGGCUCCGUAAGAAGCAUCUCAAGGUCCUGGAGUGGCCUAGCCAGUCUCCAGACCUGAACCCAAUAGAACAUCUUUGGAGGGAGCUGAAAAGCGACAGCCCCGAAACCUGAAGGAUCUGGAGAAGGUCUGUAUGGAGGAGUGGGCCAAAAUCCCUGCUGCAGUGUGUGCAAACCUGGUCAAGACCUGCAGGAAACGUAUGAUCUCUGUAAUUGCAAACAAAGGUUUCUGUACCAAAUAUUAAGUUCUGCUUUUCUGAUGUAUCAAAUACUUAUGUCAUGCAAUAAAAUGCAAAUUAAUUACUUAAAAAUCAUACAAUGUGAUUUUCUGGAUUUUUGUUUUAGAUUCCGUCUCUCACAGUUAGUGUAUCUAUGACACAAAUUACAGACCUCUACAUGCUUUGUAAGUAGGAAAACCUGCAGUGUAUCAAAUACUUGUUCUCCCCACUGAAGGUGCAUUUGCCUGCUAGCUAUACUUUGCAAAGCAAAAAUGGCACAUUUUUCUAAUCAAAAUUUAUUUAAAGUGAAUUUACAAUAGCAACCCACUUUACAGUAAAACAAUCAAAUGAAGGAGAUGAAGAACAAAUAACUUUUCAUGGAAAAGUCACUUCUUUCUGCUGUGGUGUACAGACAUUGGUCUUCUGAGCUCCAUGAAAAAGACUGGUCACUGCAUUUAGAAACAUACAAAAUGGAGGCCAUGAACAUGAUGGUGAUGUGUUGGGUUACUGGGUGUUUCCACAGAGUGGUCCCUGUUCAAGAUGUUCUCUCGUACCCUGACUGAAGCCCCCCUGGCCUCCUCCAGUAAAGUGGACGUCACAGACAACCCUCAGGUCAGCAACUUUACAUGACCGCUAGCUUUACAUUUCUAACUUUACAUGAUCGCAUACUUUACACAACUAACUUUACAUGACCUCUAACUUUACAUUAAUCCAAAUUCUAUUUAGUUAGCAGACGCUCUUACUCAGACUGACUUAGUUACUUCGUACAGUCAAGGAACAGGGCUUCAGCAUCAGUUUGAGUUUCAAAAGCAAAUUCUCUUUAAGUAAGAAGAAAAGUCAGCAGUCAGCACCAAUAAUACGUACAGAAAUGAGAACAACUCAACACUCCACGGUCUUCCUAUUGAAAUGAGCCUUUCUCAGGCUGUUAUUGGGACUGACGUCUUUGUGUAUGCCAAGCUUUAGUCCAAUCACUAACAUACCUGCUACAUUGGUGCAUCGCAAAAGUAGUUGGCUGAGCUACUAAAACACCAGUCAACACUACUUGUAUGGAGAAGUGCAAUGGGGACUUGCUCUCAAGCUGUAGGUUCAAACAAAUUCUCCAGCUGGUUGUCACCUACAAAUGAUCAGAGAUCCGGAGUAAGGUUCAUGGCAGGGCAGGCAACUACGGGAGAUCAGAUGUAACACUGAACACUCAUUAGUUAGUCUUGUAAACGGACCCUAGAUAGGGUAGUUGUUCAAAUUGAAACGUUAGUCUCAUUAGUUAGGCUUUUAAACAGACACUAGAUGGGGUAGUUGUUUAAAUUAAAAUGUUAAUGAGUUUCUAUUUUAAUCAUGUUCAUGUUCUUAUGUAAGCUGGACUACAAUUCAGUUUUCUUUAUUGUAAACUGCCAAUGUGUGCCAUUGUGGCACAUGUAUUUGUGUAAAUAAAACCUAUUUAUCUCUAUCAAUCCUAUGGUAGUUGUGCAGGAUGAGAUUGUUGUUGUGUUUCCCUUAUAGGGGGAGCUGUUUGAGUUGAGCCCAGCCACUCCCAUGCUGAGCCAGGCUGUGGUGCUGGGGAAUCGGAGAACCUACUCGGUCUAGGACCUCAUCAACCAGGCCACGUUCGGACAGACGCGCUCCCUCAACAUCCUGCUGCGAUGGAGAUCAGCAGAGAGUGGUGAAUGAGUGACACAGGACAAGGACACGACUCCAUAUGUGGGCUGUGUUUCAUUCCAGGAAAGAUGUCCCCUCGACAGUCUGUUCACUUCUCUUACACAAGUGGAAUAAGAAACAGUCCCUAUCCCUCUUGUGUAUUUUAUUUAAAAAAAACUACUCAAUCCAAUUACAAUGCAGUUACUAAAGUACUAAGAAACAGCAUGUUAAUACAAUGUUGUUAAUAGUAUAAUUUUCAGUUACUGCACAGUAAGAUAAUGUCGUGUUACAGAAAAGGGAAGAUUUUGUGAUAUUAAUGAAUUUUCAUGUAGGGUGUUUUUAUAGAAUUGACCAUAUAGAAGUUAUAUUUCUGUUCUAGUAUUUAUAUUGACCAUAUGAAUGCUCACUCCUUUCCUCCCACCAGGAGACAUGCUGCGCCCUCUACUUCACGGAGAGCGCUAUGUGUCAGGCUACGGGCUGCAGACGGGGGAGAUCCACACCCUGGUGUACAACCACCACCCGUACCGGGCCUUCCCCGUCCUCCUGCUGGACACCGUGCCCUGGUACCUGCGUCUCUACAUCCCACACACUCACUGUCACCAGCAAGGGCCGCGACAACAAACCCAGUGAGUACUGCUGCUGCUCACCUGUUGACAUUGUUCCACCUAGGCCUGGGUCGUGUUCAUUAGGCAACAAACCAAAAAAAUCAGACUAAAACAGGGAGGGUCUUCCUGGCCUUGUCUAAUAUACAACUGUUUUUCCGUUGCAAAACAUUUUCUGUUGGGUCCCCUACUGAAUAUGACCCUGGUUCCUUUUUGAUCAACUAACGUUUAGAUUUGUGCACUUUGAAGAAGUAGGGCCUAGCGUUGAUAUGAAUGUCAGCUACAUAUUAAUAGCUCUUGAGGGAAAGGCUGUGCAUCUAUCAGUUACAUAUUUAUGACACUGAAGCACAUAAAUAUGUAACUGAUAGAGACACGCACACUACAUGUUAAUGUUUUAAAAUGUAUAUUUUGUGUGUAAUGCCUUUUCCGUUAUGUGUUGUACCCCAGUAAGACUAGCUGUCGCCAUUGGCGUUGGAUAAUGGGGAUCCUAAUAAAAUAAAUGAAUGUGCCUGACCUACAAUGUCACAUUUAAAGAGAACUUGAAAGAGGUUUUUAUAUGCCUAUUGGCUUGUUAGGAAAUAGGAAAGGACGUGUCUUUUCAAUAUUAAGACAUCCCUUUUCUUUUCCUAUAGAAGUUGUUAAUUUCAACAAACAAUAAAUAAGACAAAAAAACAGAACUGAGUGUGCAUAACUAUUCCCCCCCCCCCCCCCCCAAAGACAAUACUUUGUAGAGUCACCUUUUGCAGCAAUUACAGCUGCAAGUCUCUUGGGGUAUGUCUCUAUAAGCUUGGCACAUCUAGCCACUGGGAUUUUUGCCCAUUCUUCAAGGCAAAACUGCUCCAGCUCCUUCAAGUUGGAUGGACUCCGCUGGUGUACAGCAAUAUUUAAGUCAUACCACAGAUUCUCAAUUGGAUUGAGGUCUGGGCUUUGACUAGGCCAUUCCAAGACAUUUAAAUGUUUCCCUUAAACCACUUGAGUGUUGCUUUUGCAGCAUGCUUAGGGUCAUUGUCCUGCUGGAAGGUGACCCUCCGUCCCAGUCUCAAAUCUCUGGAAGACUGAAACAGGUUUCCCCUCAAGGAUGUCCCUGUAUUUAGUGCCAUCCAUCAUUCCUUCAAUUCUGACCAGUUUCCCAGUCCCUGCCGAUGGAAAAACAUCCCCACAGCAUGAUGCUGCCACCACCAUGCUUCACUGUGGGGAUGGUGUUCUCGGGAUGAUGAGAGGUGUUGGGUUUGCGCCAGACAUAGUGUUUUCCUUGAUGGCCAAAAAUAUCACUUUUAGUCUCAUCUGACCAGACUACCUUCUUCCAUAUGUUUGGGGAGUCUCCCAUAUGCCUUUUGGCGAACACCAAACGUGUUUGCUUAUUUUUUUCUUUAAGCAAUGGCUUUUUUCUGGCCACUCUUCCGUAAAUCCCAGCACUGUGGAGUGUACGGCUUAAAGUGGUCUCAACAUCAACAGUGAAGAGGCGACUCCGGGAUGCUGACCUUCUAGGCAGAGUUGCAAAGAAAAAGCCAUAUCUCAGACUGGCCAAUAAAAAGAAAAGAUUAAGAUGGGCAGUCUGAGAUAUGGCUAGAUAUUCCUAGAAGGUCAGCAACCCGGAGUCGCCUCUUCACUGUUGACGUUGAGACUGGUGUUUUGCGGGUACUAUUUAAUUAAGCUGCCAGUUGAGGAACUGUGAGGCGUCUGUUUCUCAAACUAGACACUCUAAUGUAUUUGUCCUCUUGCUCAGUUGUGCACCGGGGCCUCCCACUCCUCUUUCUAUUCUGGUUAGAGACAGUUUGUGCUGUUCUGUGAAGGGAGUACAGUGUCUACACUGUAUUUCUGAUCAAUUUGAUGUUAUUUUAAAGGACAAAAAAAUAUGCUUUUCUUUCGAAAACAAGGACAUUUCUAAGUGAGCACAACCUUUUGAACGUUAGUGGAUGGAUGGAUGGAUGGAUGGAUGGAUGGAUGGAUGGCACCAAUUGUGCAAGUUCUCCCACUUAAAAAGAUGAGAGAGGCCUGUAAUUUUCAUCAUAGGUACACGUCAACCAUGACAGACAAAAUGAGAGAAAAAAAUCCAGAAAAUCACAUUGUAGGAUUUUUAAUGAAUUUAUUUGCAAAUUAUGGUGGAAAAUAAGUAUUUGGUCAAUAACAAAAGUUUCUCAAUAUUUGUUAUAUACCCUUUGUUGGCAAUGACACAGGUCAAAUGUUUUCUGUAAGUCUUCACAAGGUUUUCACACACUGUUGCUGGUAUUUUGGCCCAUUCCUCCAUGCAGAUCUCCUGUAGAGCAGUGAUGUUUUGGGGCUGUCGCUGGGCAACACAGACUUUCAACUCCCUCCAAAGAUUUUCUAUGGGGUUGAGAUCUGGAGACUGGCUAGGCCACUCCAGGACCUUGAAAUGCUUCUUACGAAGCCACUCCUUCGUUGCCCGGGCGGUGUGUUUGGGAUCAUUGUCAUGCUGAAAGACCCAGCCACGUUUCAUCUUCCAUGCCCUUGCUGAUGGAAGGAGAUUUUCACUCAAAAUCUCACGAUACAUGGCCCUAUUCAUUCUUUCCUUUACACGGAUCAGUCGUCCUGGUCCCUUUGCAGAAAAACAGCCCCAAAGCAUGAUGUUUCCACCCACAUGCUUCACAGUAGGUAUGGUGUUCUUUGGAUGCAACUCAGCAUUCUUUGUCCUCCAAACACGACGAGUUGAGUUUUUACCAAAAAGUUCUAUUUUGGUUUCAUCUGACCAUAUGACAUUCUCCCAAUCCUCUUCUGGAUCAUCCAAAUGCACUCUAGCAAACUUCAGACGGGCCUGGACAUGUACUGGCUUAAGCAGGGGGACACGUCUGGCACUGCAGGAUUUGAGUCCCUGGCGGCGUAGUGUGUUACUGAUGGUAGGCUUUGUUACUUUGGUCCCAGCUCUCUGCAGGUCAUUCACUAGGUCCCCCCGUGUGGUUCUGGGAUUUUUGCUCACCGUUCUUGUGAUCAUUUUGACCCCACGGGGUGAGAUCUUGCGUGGAGCCCCAGAUCGAGGGAGAAUAUCAGUGGUCUUGUAUGUCUUCCAUUUCCUAAUAAUUGCUCCCACAGUUGAUUUCUUCAAACCAAGCUGCUUACCUAUUGCAGAUUCAGUCUUCCCAGCCUGGUGCAGGUCUACAAUUUUGUUUCUGGUGUCCUUUGACAGCUCUUUGGUCUUGGCCAUAGUGGAGUUUGGAGUGUGACUGUUUGAGGUUGUGGACAGGUGUCUUUUAUACUGAUAACAAGUUCAAACAGGUGCCAUUAAUACAGGUAAAGAGUGGAGGACAGAGGAGCCUGUUAAAGAAGAAGUUACAGGUCUGUGAGAGCCAGAAAUCUUGCUUGUUUGUAGGUGACCAAAUACUUAUUUUCCACCAUAAUUUGCAAAUAAAUUCAUUAAAAUUCCUACAAUGCGAUUUUCUGGAUUUUUUUUUCUCAAUUUGUCAUAAUUGACGUGUACCUAUGAUGAAAAUUACAGGCCUCUCUCAUCUUUUUAAGUGGGAGAACUUGCACAAUUGGUGGCUGACUAAAUACUUUUUUUCCCCACUGUAUGUAUACUUUUUUUUAAAUAUGGCUUUCCUGCUUCUGCAAAUAAAUACGAAUUCUCUCUCCUCUACCUAGGUUACAUCCACUACCAGCCGUCCAAAGACCGCCUUCGGCCCCACCUGCUGGAAAUGUUGGUCCAGCUGCCCCCUAACUCUGUGAUCGAGGUCACCGUACAGUUUGAGAGGGCACUCCUGAAGUGGACGGAGUACACCCCCGACCCCAACCACGGCUUCUACGUCGGGUAUGACUUUGAAGUCUACAGAAACAUAAUAAAUACCUAUUUGUCUAUGCUAUGGGUCAAGUUCUGUACUCAAUCUGUCUUUGUCUAAAGAAAUGCUAACUGCAAUAGAAACUAUGACAGUUAAUGCGCCCUUUUGUCAUAACGUUGUGAGGUGUUGUUUGCCUAUAAUUGCUGUCAUAGCUUUUAGAUUUGUGCUUCAGAACUGGGUCCAAAUACAAUUAGGAAUCUUUCAAAUUCCUUUAGAAAUUCCUUUAGCCUGCCUGGAGUGCCAGAUGGGUGGAGUUUGCAGUUUUACCACUAUUGGUUCCAUUGUGCCAAGCAAGGUCAAUCAAUUAUGAAAUAAUUUAAAUAUUUGUCUUGACUUUGAUUUUGAAUGAAGAUGGGGCCAUGGCUAAAAUUGAGAUAUACCACUUGUUUGUAGUCUGCAGAUAUUCAGGUUUCCAGUAGCAGAUAUUUGAUUAAAUGUUGUCCCUCGCUUCAGGUCUUCUGUUAUCAGUGCUCUCGUGCCCAGUGUUGUCGCCAUGGAUACCAACAGCACCCAGGAACGUCCGCUUUUCAGCAGCUUGUGAGUCAUAAGGCUGUUUAUUUUCUUUAAGUACUGGUUGAGCACUUACGUAGCAGUUGUCUUAAGUGUGUUAGUUUCUCACCUGAGGUAAUGCAAUUUAAAUGAAUCUCUGGAAAUUACACCAAAUAAAAUCCUCUUUGAAAGUAGUGUACCAUACCUCAAUUCAUUGAUUUGGAAUGGAAUUGACCCCCAACCUUUAUAGGUUAUUGUAAUAAUGCAUUUCUGUAUUCCCAGUUUCCCAUGUAAAGAGGAGUCCAGUUACUUCAUGCAGGUCUACACGGAGCCUCUGCUAGUGAACCUGCCAACCCCUGAUUUCAGCAUGCCCUACAACGUCAUCUGCCUCACCUGCACCGUGGUGGCUGUGGGUUACGGCUUCCUCUACAACUUCCUGACCAGCACCUUCCAGGUGGAGGAGCCCAGCCCGGGCCUGGCCAAACGGCUAGCCAACAUCAUCUGCAGGCUCAGGGGUGUGCCGCUGCUGUGAUGGGCCAGAAUGCUAUCAUGCUAACGCUAACAACAUUAUCUAGCACAUUUUUGCAGUGGGGCAAUGAGGUCAGGUAUUACACCACUUGGGAAAUGUGAAGAUAAGUUUCAGGGAGAUGCCACUUUAAGCAUGUGAAGCUUCUGCAAUAAAAACAAAACUCUCAGUUCUGUUUCGUGGAUGAAAAAGGAGUUAAACAAUGAAGUAUUUGAUGAAGUGUCAUGGAUUCGAUGAACGUUCAAGGUAUUUUCUCGCCGUGAGGAGCAAAAAGGGUGGUAUUUCUUCAGUGCACUACUACUGUUGGUGUAGUUGAACAGAGAAUAAGGCCUUUUUAGUGUUUGUAACGAAGGAACCAAAGUGUUUGCUCCAGGUUUCAGUGGGGACAGUUGGCUGCCAGAUGCGGCAGCAGAUCA